AUGGGCCCCACAGGGGGCGCGGCGAGGCCCGGGCGCUUCUUCGGCGUCUACCUGCUCUACUGCCUGAACCCUCGGCACCGGGGCCGCGUCUACGUGGGGUUCACGGUCAACCCUGCUCGUCGGGUGCAGCAGCACAACGGGGGCCGCAAAAAAGGCGGGGCCUGGCGGACCAGUGGACGCGGGCCCUGGGAGAUGGUGCUCAUCGUACACGGCUUCCCCUCCGCAGUGGCCGCCCUUCGGUUCGAGUGGGCCUGGCAGCACCCGCAGGCCUCGCGGCGCUUGGCGCACGUGGGUCCGCGCCUACGCGGUGAGGCCGCCUUCGCCUUCCACCUGCGCGUGCUGGCGCACAUGCUGAGCGCGCCGCCCUGGGCGCGCCUCCCGCUCACCUUGCGCUGGCUGCGCGCCGACUUCCGCCAGGAUCUCUGCCCGCCACCGCCGCCUCACGUGCCGCUGGCCUUCGGGCCUCCGCCGCCCCGGGCCUCGGCCCCGAGGCGCCGCGCGGCUGACACCGAGUCCGAGCUGGAGCACGACGCCGAGACCCGCUGCACCCUGUGCGCGCGCGUGCUCCAGGAUGAAGACCCCCUGUGUUGCCCCCACCCUGGCUGCUCCCUGAGGGCCCAUGUGAUCUGCCUGGCAGAGGAGUUCCUGCAGGAGGAGCCAGGGCAGCUUCUGCCCCUAGAGGGCCAAUGCCCUGGCUGUAAGAACUCACUGCUGUGGGGAGACCUGAUCUGGCUGUGCCGGAUGGGCACCGAGGAGGAAGAGGAGGACUCGGAAUUAGAAGAGGAACACUGGACCGACAUGCUGGAGAUCUGAUCCUCAGCGUCCCCAGCCUCUGCCCACUCCUUUUCUGUGCCACGCCCUGUGGGUCUGGGCAGUUUUUACUUGAGUACAAUAAAAAGUCUGAGUUAAGGUA